UUUUGUUUUGAUUUCACAAUAUACCAAACUCGCUUCGAAAAUUGGCUCAAAACUCUCACGGAAGUCAAAGACAAUGACUUCUAUGCUUUCGAGAAUCAUCCGGCAGGCACGACAGACCUUCGAGCCAAAAAAUCUCGCAACAUAUCAAAAGAACUUCUUGCAAUUACGAGAAUUGGUGAAUGGCUUACAAAAUUUUCUCGAUCCCGAGUUGAUGUCGGCGAAAACAUUCGCAGCGGAAGGAAAAGCUCCAUGUACUUUUGUAAAUAUUUAUGAAUCGGAGACUUUUACACUGACAGUUUUCAUCUUGAGGAAUGGAUAUACGAUGCCUCUGCACGAUCAUCCCGACAUCACUGGCUUGUUAAAAGUCAUUAACGGACGUGUAAAAAUUCGAAGUUACACAAAAAUUGACGACCAAGUUGAUCCGAUGAAUGUUCAGAUGGGACAACGAUUCGAAGUUUCCAAAGGAGAAAGUAAAAUUUUAUCACCUGACUCACCAGCUGCUUGUUUAACCCCAAGCGACAGUAAUUUCCAUGAAAUUCAAGCAAUCGAGGGAAAUGCAGCCUUUUUUGAUGUCCUAAGUCCUCCGUACGACGAAGAUAUCGGCGGAAAUCGAAAAUGUUCGUUCUACCGAAGAGUCGUUGAACGCACCGGCGAUACCGAAAAACUGUAUUUGGAGAAAAUACGUGCACCAUAUUCGUACUACUGUGAUGUUGAGCCAUUCGAGUUGCCAGAAACGGAUAAAAGGGACAUCCUAUAA